AGUGCUCAGUGAGAGGUUGUGUUACUUAAUACACCCAUGUAAAAUAAAUUUAUAUUCAACAGCAACUGUGCAACUAGCGAGAAAAAAAGCCGAGAACAGUAACUGUACAUCUUCCGAAGAAAGUGUUUCUCGUGGGAAAGGAAAAAGAAGAAAAAGGAAAAAAGUCCUCAUAAGCGAUGACGAAUCCUCUGAGAAUUGCGAAUCAGACCGUUAUGAACGUCCACCUCCAUUCAUAUCAAAGGAAAAUAUAAAUAAACAUCAGAACAUUGCAACACUUAGUGCAUCGCAUGAUAAGGUAAAGGACAACGUUCCUCUUUCUUCAUCAACAACAAAUAUAAGUGAUGGACAAGUUUUAUAUAUAGACCUACCAAGGAAAGAAAAUAAUAAGAACAUUUGGAACACCUCAGUAAGCGAAAAUAAUAUUAGAAUCGAGUCUAAUUCGAUGCAUGUACAAUCAGCAUUUCAAACAGAAAUACCUGUUUUUCAUACAGAAGUUGCAUCUUCAAAUGAAACACCAGUCACUAGUGUUACUUCAGAUUUGUACAGUCAAAAACAACAAAAAAUUUUAGAACAAUGUACAUUAAUAAAAAUGUACGUAAGAAGUAUUGAUAGCCGAUUGAAACGUAUAGAGGAUGGAAGAGUAAAAAAUAAUAAUAAUGUCUACGAAGAAGUGCAAAUAAUACAAAACAUAUUUCCUUUAAAGACAACUGAUGAAAUUACUCAUUUUGAUCUGAGCUUAGAUAAUAAAAACGUUACAAACACAUUUAAGCUGCCGGCAUUUCAUUCAGAGAUCGAGAAUUUAGGGAAAUACUACAACAUGUUGCUCGGUUUGACUUAG